AUGUCUAAGCGCGAUCGUGACGGAAACAUGCGGUCCAACGAGGCCAAGCAGAAACCCGCGGCACCCGUGACGCAGUUCACACCCAUGUUCACCAAAUUCCGCGACGAGCUGGACGAGCACCAUGACCGGAGAGAGCGCAUCAUCAAGGCCUCGAGAGACGUUACUGCUCUGAGCAAAAAAAUAAUUUUCACCUGCCAAAGAGUCAACAAGCUUGGUGAACUCCCAAACUUCGCUCAGAAGGAACUCAACACCCGCAUGGAAGAGAUCAAGAACCACCUCACCUUAAUCGAGGGCGACAUCCAGGGCAUCAACCGCUAUCGCUACGCCUACUCCCUUCGCUGCCUCGAGGAGCUUGUCGAGGCCCUUUCCUUCACUCACUACCUGCGCACCCAGACCCUGAUCAGCCCAGAAGACACGGCAGCCGCGGUCCCGGCAAACGUGCCUCUGACCGAGAACGACUACAUGUACGGCCUCUUCGACCUGUUCGGCGAGAUGAUGCGCUUCGCCACCGUCACGACAGCCCAAACGGGACAGCUCGCCGGCGUUGAGGGCCGCAACAUCCUGCAGGAUAUCCACGAGCUGAGCAGCUGCUUCGAGAUCCUGCCCGAGAUUCCGACUAAGGACUUCAGAGGAAAGAUGGAGGUUAUGAGGCAGUCGGUGCGCAAGGUGGAGAAGCUGGGCUACGGUCUGGCGAUUCGGGGUACGGAGAGGCCAAAGGGCUGGGUGCCUGACAUGAAAGAGGACUUUGACCCGUCUUCGCUGGAGUGA